GUAGCGCAUUCUGUGGUGGAACUUGUGCGAGCGGACGCGGGCCGGCGUGGGACCUGAGGGGCCGCGGCGAGGUAGCUCAUUUGACUCUAAGUCUUCUUUUAAAAAGCACAAUACUGAAGGAUGUCAGAGGCAGUUUUGAUUGAUCUCUCUGGUUUGAGAUUGAAUGCUCAGAAAAGCUGCCACCAGACAUUAUUGAAGACAUUAAAUGAUCUUCAGUACCCUCAGGCUGCCAAGGCCAAGUUCCUAUGUGUCAUGUGCUGCAGUGACAUUGGCUGUAAAAGGGAUAGUGAACAUGAUACUUGUGAAUGGGAAACAAAUAACAGACUAUCAGCUCUCUUGAGAGAAUUUGAGAUUGUUAGCAAUCCCAGCAUAGCUGCCUCUUUGUAUACCAUUAAACAAAAAAUUGAUGAAAAGAAUCUGAGCAGCAUUAAGAUGAUUGUACCUGUGCACAGGAAAACAUUAAUGAAGGCUUUCAUUGAUCAACUCUUCACUGAGGUAUACAAGUUUGAGUUUGAACAUUUUCAGGUACCUGUGAGAGAUGGCCUUUUGGAGCAUUCCACUGAAAGCAACAAAGAUCAUGAAUUUGAAGAAAUCCAGAAUGAAAUAGAGACAUAUUUGAGGAGUCUGCCAGCUCUAAAAGGAGAAAUAACUAUUAUCACAGCUCCUUUGAUUCCAGAUAUUUUCAUACAUGGAUUUACUACAAGAACAGGUGGUAUAUCUUAUAUACCAACUCUUAGCUCAUGCAAUCUCUUCAGUAGUUCCAAACGGAAAGACCCCAAGAUAGUUGUUCAUGAAAACCUACGUAGACUGGCAACUGCUGCAGGAUUUAAUGCAGAGAAAUUUUACCACAUAAAGACUGAUCAUGCCAAUGAAGUCUGGAUUAUGGGAAAGAAGGAGCCUGACUCUUACGAUGGAAUAACCACAAAUCAGAGAGGAGUCACAGUAGCAGCACUUGGUGCAGACUGCAUACCUAUAGUGUUUGCAGAUCCGGUGAAGAAAGCAUGUGGGGUUGCUCAUUCUGGCUGGAAAGGCACCUUGUUAGGUGUUGCUAUGGCUACAGUGAAUGCCAUGAGAGCAGAAUACGGCUGUCUGUUGGAAGACAUUAUUGUUGUACUGGGACCUUGUGUAGGACCUUGCUGCUUCACUCUUCCCAGGAAAGCUGCAAAUGCAUUUCAUAAUCUUCAUCCUUCUUGUGUACGUCUAUUGGACUCACCAAAUCCCUACAUUGAUAUUCGUAGAGCCUCCAGGAUUCUUCUAGAACGAGGAGGAAUUCAUCCACACAACAUUCAGGAUAAGAGUCAAGAUCUUGGCCUUUGUACAUCAUGCAAUCCUGACAAGUUUUUCUCCCAUGUUCGAGAUGGCCUUAACUUUGGUACACAGAUUGGCUUCAUAUCAAUUAGAGAAUGAGGUACUGGACUGGAUUUUUACAUAACUACUUCUUGACUUCUUCCAAGUUGACUGCAAAACAGAAUGUUCACUGAUUGAUUUAUUGCCAUGGAGAAUACAUCUUUAAGAGUAUAUUUUCACUAUUAUCUAACACCAAAUAUCUUCAUUUAAUUCUAAUGACAGAAGAUUCAGUAUGAUGUUUUACAGAUGAAGAUUAUUCUUAGAGCUUGUUUCUUCUAUCUGUGCCUUCAAUCAGAAACGGGUCUUUUCAAUUCAGUACUUAUUGCCUACCCUCAUUUUCAUGUACUAGCUUACGCAGAUGUGAUUCAAAAUGAGUAAGAUUUUUUUUCCUUUCAGUCUAAUGCAGUGAAAGAGAAAAAAAACACUUUCUACAACUAAAAUUUAAUUAUAAUAGUAGAAUAAUAUGAGUAGUAGAGGCUUAACUUUACCCAGAAGGCAGGAUAAAGUAUUACAGAGAACAUGACAUAUGCCAUGUGCCACAAAAAUAUGCAGUUUUUUGACAGAUGGCAACCAGCCAUAACACUGUAAACCAGGACAUGCAACUGAAAAGUCCAUAGUGAAUCCUAGAACAAAGGGAGGAGAGGAGUAGGAACUAGACAACAUGGGAAUAGAUUAAUAUAGAUCUCAAGUGCUUUGUCUGAUAGUUUGGAAUCUAUUUUCCUGGAAAUGAGUAGGCAUCAGAAGUAGAGGCUAACAGGAUAGAAUCAGACUGUGAGAGUCCAAGUUUAGGUCAGAGAUGGUCAAAAUAUUUCAAAAAAGAAACCAGGCACCAGUGGCUCAUACCUCUAAUCCCAGCUACUUGGGAGUCAGAGAUCAGGAAGAUUUCAGUCUAAGGCAAGGCAGAAAGUUCAGGAGACUACAUCUUCUGUAGAUGGGGACAGUGGUGCAUGCCUGUCAGCUGCACAGAAGCCUGAGAUCCGGAGAUUGUUGUUCCAGACUUUCCCAAGCAGAAAAGUUUGCAAGACCCCUCUCAGCAGAAAAAGCUAGGCACAAUGGUGCCUUUCAUCACAGCUACUGCAAAUAUAUAA